AUGCUCGCCUCCUCAGGAGGUCAGUCGCUCCAUCGAAAUACCCACGGUCGCGCGUACCUAGCACGGUUGCAACCGAGAGAGCCACUCGCCAACAACCAACGUCAAGACACUCCGCGUGCCACAGCUCCGGUGAGUACUUUCUUUCUUCUUUGUCCGUACCAGGCUAACCGGCGAUUCCAACCGAAAAUAGGGCUCCGCAAAGGUCAAGAACUGCCUACUUUUUGUUGCAGUUUCCCCGAGUAAGCAAGAAAAAAACACACCGCCGCCAUGGACGCGAUCAAGAAGAAGAUGCAAGCGAUGAAGCUUGAAAAGGACAACGCGUUAGACCGCGCUGCCCAAAUGGAACAGCAGGCCAAGGACGCCAACCUCAGAGCUGAAAAGGUACACAUUAAUAUAUAUAUUAUUACACACUCACGAUAAUUUCUUGGACUGUGAUGAGUUUUUUGGGCUUUAUUUCAUGCUAUAGGGCAACAUAAAAUUCAUUUCCGUCGGUCUGUCUUGAUGUGGUAGUAUGUUUGUCAGUCUUUCCGUAGCGUAUUUUUUUGUUAGCACGCAACAGACCGCUAAAAAACGUGUUAUUGAAAAAUUUCGUAAUUUCUGGUAUACAAGAUGCUUCCUAUUAUACGACUAUUUUGUUCUCAUUUUAACCAGUUGUGACCUAACAUGAGGGUAUCAAUGAGAAAAAAUUAAUCCAUUUCAUAAUAGCUCAGAAAUGAUAUUUCUGGAAAACCUAUCCUAAAAAAUUCAUUUUUGUUUGAUUUAAAUAAGUCUUUGAGAAAAUCAGUGUCAUUUCAGUACUAUUUUAUAGAUUAUGAUACAGAUUCUGAUGUACUGGUUCCCGGAUUCGUAAUCAGCGAAAAAAAUGCUUGCAAGUACCGUAUAGCAGUGUUUACACAUAAGAUCAUAUUUUCUAGAUCCCCCUUGUAUCUUUAUGAGAAAUUUGUUUUCAGACGAAAUAAUUCAGACAUUGAUUUCAGACACAAAAAAAGACUAGAGAUCCCUAUGUAUAAAACAACUUCAACUUUAUUUCGUAGUUCAUACACUUACAAUGCUAUCCUGAUUUAUAACGAAUUAGAUGACAAUAUAAAGGAUUGGCCAGUAAACAGAUUUCGUAAGCAUGUGAAACAGAUUUAUUUGUCAUUGUAGUAAUUGUGGAAAAGUUAGUUUUUAAUUCUUACAUUUAAUUUUAUUUUACGUAAUAUAUGUGUGUAUAUAUGUAUGCUAGGAAGCUAUCAAGCUCGUUGUUUUGAAGCGUCUUUUGCUUGUCAAAGUUUGCUUUGAUUGAGUGUUUCAAUUUAAUAUUUGGGUAGGUUAAGUAGAGUAGCCAAGAGCUAGACUUCGCCUACGUAGAGGUCACAUUAUGUUGUAGUGUAUAUAAUGUGCCUAAUAAAGACAUUUUAUUAUUAUUAUUAUUAUUAUUAUUAUAAAAAAGUUCCUAAUAUAAACUUCGCUUUAACAGGUGAAUCGAUAGGACCAGCAUCAAAACAAGACUGCUUUCUUAAAACCUGUUUUUAUUGAAAUCACAAACAUUUUUCUUCAGUU